CCUCACUGCGCCUCAUUUCUCGUUUCCCUUUGUUCCCGCGCAUGCUAUAUGUUACACGCGUGUAUGUAGCGAGGCUGUGUCUCUACAAGUAAUGUACCUUGAUGCCUAACUAAUUCUCCUUUGAAUAUCAGUUGGGACACUCAUUUCUCAUGUUGUCCGCCGAAGAAUCUUUCUCUGCAGCUCUCCCCCCGAUCGCAUCUCACACUUUAUACCCAAUAUAUGAGAUGGCAGCUCCAUCAUCAUCUUUAGUUCAAUUGACAAAUAUGUUGGCAGAAGCAAACCUGGCGCCUAGCCCUAAAACAACAGAGCAAAGAGUUUUUAUAGCGCCGACAAGAACCCAACAAGACACCAAGGGACUUCCGCCUAUUAACGAGGACUGCCCUAUCGAUUCUGGCUACUCGUCACAGAACAGGUCUCAAACAUCGGCCCAUAUUCUUAGAAGUAUUGAGGAAGAAGACUGUGGAAAAGAGCUCUACAUUUCUGAACACAAUUCUACACGUGCUUUUAGCCUAAAGAUUGAUGCCUUAUCCAUAGCGCGUUUUAAUGGAAUUCGGCCGACAGUUGAGUCGCUCCUUUGGAACUACACAAACAAGAAGAGAUUUUUAAAGCACGGCAGUCGCCGAAAUCCCAUGUCAAUUCGAUUGUUAAUGUUAGGAGACUCCAUCUCCAAUGCAAAGCCCGCGAUUGUGGUGUUUUGCAUACCUGAGAUGCGGAAAAAGAUUCAGAACUUUUUUGAUACACAUGAUCUUAUCAAAGCCUUCUACGCACCGGAAGAAGCAGGUGAGCCAAAGUUUCGGGUGGUAGUAUGCGCUCAUCCGCCUCGGCUACGCGGGCAGGACGCUUUUGCAGUUGUGUGCUGGGACACCGACGAGCCAGAGGGAACAGGUAUCAUCAAGAACAACAGCCUCUUUCCCAAUACAUAUUGUGGUACACCGAUCGUAUUAUACGGAAAUGGGAAGGAAAGAGAGGCCACGCUUGGUGGUAUUAUCAAAAUCACCGGCCCUGGCGGGGAAUGGGACUUGCUUGGUCUUACAGCUGGUCAUGUAGCGAGGGACUGUAUUCUAGACGACAGUGUGUUUUCUGAGCCGGCAAGCACUGCAACUCUAGUCAGUGUUGACAGUGACUUUUCGGAUACAGAUUCAGAAUCAGAUGGGAGCGAGUCAAGCAAUGCGCCUAAAACUUCUUUGGAUAUGAGCAAGAUAGGCUCACAUACGUCUGGCGCACCAGACGCAGAGGACGUAGAUGCUUGGGCUUUCCAGCAUAUGACUCAAUACGGGCGUGCAAUAGUAUUCGAUUCCACUUCAAACGAGGAACAUGGCGCCACUGGGGGAUCCAAGGGACAGUUCCUAGACUGGGCACUUAUUCCUGUGCAACUGGAGUUGCCAAAUGAGCUACCUGGUGGUGGUCCUCUCUCUAAUCCUCUUUCAAUCACACAGUAUCGCAGAAUCCCACAUGGGCAGGAAAAUGCAAUCCCAAAGGAACCGGUCAUAGUUAUUACUGCUUCCCGUGGCAUUCAAAAUGGAACCCUUCGAUCGGACCCAUCAAGGAUUCUUGUUUACCCCAGUACAAACUUUGUCGAUGCGUAUAUGUUAACGCUCGAUAGUAACCGAGACUUCGUAGAUGGUGAUUCUGGAGCUUGGGUGAUCUCGUUGCUUACGAACGAACUGCUAGGAUACGUCGUCGCGACAGAUUGCUUGGGCGCAGCGUAUAUUCUGCGAGCCUCUGAUAUCUUUGAUGACAUUAUACAAUGUCUAGGAGCCAGAGAUGUAUCACUUCCAACGGGUGAAGAUUGCGAAAUCAGAAGUAUUUCAGACGUCACCCAAGGCAUAGCUCACGAAAUCAGGGAGAAAAGAAGAAGAAAGGCGGAAGAAAGACUGGAGGAAGAAAGACUGGAAGAAAAAAGACUGGAGGAAAAAAGACUGGAGGAAAAAAGACUGGAGGAAGAAAGAAGAGCAGAAAAUAUUGCUCUUGUUGGAGAGUCUCAAAAGAAUAAGGCUAUGUCAGCACCAUCGCCACAGCCUCAAAAGGUCCUAUCUCCAUUAACGAAUACUAUUCAAGAGGAGACAGAUGAUCAUUCUGAGCAAUACUACGUCACCAUUGAAAGUAUAGAGAAGCCGUCGCUCGUCAACCGUCUCGGAGCGUGUCUAGAGCGAGUAGACGGUUUCUUGAAAAUGAACACCAUUUCCCAGAACGAAGGCAAAUAUUGUUUAGCUGCAACAUAUCCGAGCUUUAAACAUGCAGAGAUGGCUGCUAUGCUUGUCGCAUUCGUGGAAAAUGGCAGAUUCUGGUCCCAAGUUCGUUUGUUGAAAUUGGAAAACGACAAGAUUUUUGUCAUGUCUAUACCAAAACAAAUCGACCCCAGCAAACUACUGGAUUAUCAGAAACAAUACGAUGACACCCAGAACGCCGUUUCAGAAAGCGACUCAGACUACUCAAGCCUUCCUGGCGCACUCACAGCCUCCGAAGCCGAUGAAGUGCUUAGGUUAUUCUCCCUGAUGCCGAAGAUCCCCGUUUCGAGUUAUGGUCUCGGCCAUUCUCCUUUCUAUCACUCUGAUCCCCACUCGAAUAAUACUCGAGAUCUUAUUAUAGAAAUGACUCAGGGACGAUCCAGAAGGCCGCAGAUAGGGGUAAGCUCCAAUAACGAACAGAAACAUGCUGAGGACGAUACAUCAGAAGGGCCAGCAGUGCCGGAGUUGAUCAAGCUAAGACAAUCUCGAUCCACAAGGCAACACAUGAUUGAAUAAAUACUAGCUGAAAUUGCAAAUGCAGCUAUCGAGCUCCCAAUGACGAGUUUGGUAGAGACAGUUAUACCACGGGAACCUAGAUCGAGUGAAAUAUUUCCGUCUGCAUCAUCUUUUAUACACUAUAUAUUCAUCCAAUACAAUAUCACGAAAUUGUCCCCAAACCUGCUAUACAUACAAUAACAACCCCCAGAAAUAUCAACCCAGGCUUAUUCACCGCACUUGCCGUCGGUCCCAAAACCUCUCCUUGACCACCACCACCAAUCUGUCCUCUCCUUUCAUCACCUCCAUCAGACGGUCCAUCUGACGGAUCAUAUCCCUUCCCAGUAUACUUGUCAACCUCCCCUAUAAAAUACCCUAUCACAUUCCCUCUCGGCCAAUACUCACAGGCCAAAAACCACCCUUUAUGACCACACAGAGCCCUUCCGCACCCAACAUCCGUCGUAUCCUUCCACACCAACUGCGUAAAAUGGCCCGUCUUUUCUGUAAAUUCACCCUUAUCAAAAUCAUAAUCAACACGCUCGUCGCCCCAUGCUUCCACGGCCCGCGUGGCUGUCCCGUACCCGAUGGCAAUGUUCUCGCCGUAUGGUCCGCCAGAGUGCUCAAACACGCACUGGACCUUGGUGAGGUACUCUGACGCGUAGAGAGCAAGGGUAUUGUUCCAUAUUACGGAUGAUGCGUUGUGCUGUGAGCGGUAGGUGUUGGUGCUGUUGAGAAUGGCAGCCGUGAAGAGCGGGAUGUUGCUGUAUGAAGGUUCCCCGGUGGGAAUGGGCGCUUCGACGGUGACUGUGACGACUUCUGGGUUUGGGUUUGCUGGGGUACAUUGGACCCUGAGGGCGAUCAUCAAUAUCAAGCCUAGUUGAGUAAUGGUUCGUAGCAACAUGGUAGCGGUGGUUGUCUUAGUCGGAUAGUCUGGCCGGUAUUGGAUGUCAGAGACGAUAUUCACAUUGUCGUUGCCCGAGCUGAGAGUAGGAGAAAGCUCUUUUGGUAAGCUGCCACUUCUACUUCUUCAUUCUUUGAGGUCUUCUUUUUAGGGCGAUAGAAAACAGGUUCUUGGAACAGGAAGGAUGGACAGGGGAACCAAGCGUGCAGACGAACCCAAAGCGUCAAACUGCUUGCGGCGCAGACACGGCACGGGAGCGGCCACGCGAAGUGGCUUCAGCUCGCCCUUUUCAUAAUCAUGACGUGUUUGAGUAUAUGGUAAAGACUUCUGGGACUCUUUUCUAAAAGAAUUAGCCUGGCGUUUCGGGCUGGCGCAACGACCUUGGAUGGAUUGGCGGAUACCCUACAUGGAUCGGUUUCAGAUAGCGCCGGCAUCCACCACGGCGCGUAAAAAGGUGUUUGGCCGUUUGGGAGCAGAGAAUUGUUUUGUUUGGCUAGCGGUGGCAAUAAUUAAUUUCUAGAAGCCAUGUUUGACUUAGGUAUCGCUCCAAGAGUGGACUGUGGCGAGAAAUAUCACAGGACUAAUCGCAUCGUAAGAUGGGCUGCGCCGGCGAAACAGCAAGCACCAAGAUCAAUCAGUAGAGAUCGUGGAGCAGCGAAUAGACUCUUUGUAAGCGGCUAAAU